AUGACGAUGUUCGACAGCAGACUCUUCUUGGUUCUCCUGGCUGUUCUUGUGCCAUCCCUGGGAUCUGUUCCUGGGCCUAAUGAGCUUCCCGACAAGCUUCAGGAGCUCCUGGACCUCCUGGUAGUCGCUAAGGCUGAUUUCCAGUGUAUCUUUGACAUCAUCGACGAGCAAUGCCCAUGUCUGACUCCUGGGGAUCCGGGUUGCUUUGAAACAAGUGUACUCGACAUCAACAGCACCUUAUGUGACCUGAUCAGCGACCUCAAUGAUCUGAUAGAAGACCAACCAGAUGAUUGUCCGGCACUCGAGGGAUGUGCUGCGCUGGUGGCUGGAUGCAACUCCUCUGACAUUGCUGUGGUUGACCCGGUCGGAACGAUCCUGCCAAGUAUAGUAACGAAUGGCAAUGUCAGCGCUCUUACAGUUACUGGAGCUGAUACCUCUGUUUACGUCAUCCUCUACACCACCAACAACCCUCUCAUUUUGCAUCGGUUGCGUUUGCCUGCGGGCCGUCAAAGAGAUCUUGUCAUCCCCCUUGAUGGUGAAGCGACUGGCCUUGGAUUUUGUGCUCCUAGGGUUUUCAUCGCCAUGGAAGACUCUGAGGGAAACAAUGUCAUUUAUUGCUUUAAUAGACGUCAUGGCGAAAUUAUAGUCAAUAUCUCAUGUGCCGGGAAAGUGCGAGUUUAUAAUGGGCGAGUGUAUUUCAGCGAUUGCAACGAAAUCCUGUGCGUCAACAGACGAGGUGGCGAUCUGGAGACCAAAGUGAAGUUCCCGAUGAACAUUAAGUCUUUUGAUAUCAUUGACAAUGAUACCAUAGUGUUUUGUGAUGUUGCUGGCGGUCUGUGGACAUACAACCUCGACACCGAAUGUUUCAAACUGCUGGACUGUAAUGUGGACGAACCGUGCUGUGACGUCAAGAUCAACCGCUGUUCGUGGCUCAUAUACGUGGCCUAUCCUGAUAAUCCGGUUCUUGACAUUUUCAACCACACGACCUGUGAAGAGGAAGGAACGUUGAACUACACUACGUCCACCCCUAAAGAAUGCCCGAGGUUGGAGUUCAAGCCACCCUGUGUCUAGGGAGAGCCAGACACAAACCAGGGACCAUCUCCGCCACCAGGAACACUAUAAAACAGAACAAUGGACUUUGACAGAAUGCAAGCAAGAUUCGUAGAACGCAUUGUCCUGUAAUCUGUAAUUAAUAAAAUGUUCUGAACAUGA